AUGUCUUUUCGCGGGAGCGCAUUCAGGGACUUCUUCGGGGAGGACCCCUUCGAGCGGAUGGAGAGGAUGAUGGUGUCGGCGUUCAGCGACCCGUUCUUCGCGGGCGCCCCGCCGGCGCCCUUCGGCCACCAUGGCGGACAGGUCGAGCGCCGCCGAGGUGGGCCCCAGCGGGCGCGGGGGCCCGUCAUCGAGGAAGUGGAGGAUGGGCAUGUGAACGAGGGGCAGCGCCUCGCGGAGCCCAUCGUUGAAGAGCCGGUCGAAGAUGACUAUGUCUACAGCCACCAGGGCCGCCAGAGGAGACAGCAGUCUGGUCGCCAGAGGGAUCGACGACAGCCUCGUGGUGACAGUAAUGCGCUGUCCACUGGUUUCCACAUGGAGAUGGGCCCCAACAUGGUGCCGUCGCUGUCGACUUUUGGCAAUGCGGGCAUGGCGACGUUCAGCUACAGCAACUCGUCCUCCCGCAGCUUUGGCCCCACCCAAGUCUAUUCAUCCACAACCACCUCAAGAAUGGGCCCUGGCGGGGUUCGCGAAACACAGACCACCAUCCAGGAUGGUCGAUCAGGCAGGGAGGAGAUAUCGAUUUCCAGGGGAAUCAGGGAACGGGAAAGAACCAUCACAAGGAGAAGGGAUGCUACUGGGCGCGAGGAGACCAUUGAUACGCUGCAUCACAUGACCUCUGAGGAGGCUUCACAGUUCGACCGAGAAUGGAUGCAGCAGGCAGGGAGGCACCUCCCAUCACUUGGGGGGGCCGGCAUUGGUGCUGGUCUCAUGCUGGAACAGCCAAGAUUGCAGUCAGGUGGUCGCCCUCAAAUUGGGUACAGGGAAUCCAGGAACCGCUACGCAUGA